GCUGGCAGGUAAAAGCUGGCAACGUGGGCGGGCGUCAACUUACGGUGCAAAGUCACGCCUUCGACGAAUUUCCAGUUCCGCCCUGCACUCUUGGGUUGGGGAAGGUGCAGUGAAGACGUUUCGCGUGAUUCCCUUUCGUUUGCAGAGUUUUAAGCAGAUUCACAGCUUAUACAGAAGCUCAGCGAACAGAGUUGAAUGUCUCACUGGCGAAUACGCAAGGAAAAACUACACCCUAAAACUCACCUUCUAAGUUUUACAGCUCGUGUUGGUUCCUCCAGGUGCGCUAGACCUUGAAACAAACAUUAAGUGUCAGUCGAUGACCAUGUAGCCAUCUUCACUCUCAUGAUCAGACUGAAUAUCUGGAGGAGGAGAAAAUGAAGCGCAAUUUGAAAGUUGCGAUACUGCAAGCGCUGGUGGUGCUGUUGUUUGCGUCACUUUAUCUCUAUAAUAAUCUAGAUGGCAGUAGUGUCCACCGCUUCGUUACCGUUGCUCAGAGUUGUUUUAGUUUAUCGAAUAGUACGACGGGAAAAUAUAGAAACCGCAAUGACUCCGAAGUGUACCUCGACUUGCGGUUGGGUCGCACCGGCGUAUCCAAGGUCCACCGUCAUCCUGAACUUGCAGUCGUCCAUAAACGAUUACUGAAUGAAACUGCAGCAUCUGAUGGACCUCGCAAAAGCAGUUUACGAACCUCUCUUGGUGACGCCGCUCCUUCGGUGUAUAUUAAAGAAAUGCCUAAGGAGUUUUACCACACCGACGAAGGAUUCGACCUGAGGAACUCGUCACUGAAGAAAAUACUGAUCUGGAAUGAGGGUUAUGGCUCGAAAACGAUGGGUUUUGGCUUUGGUCAGGCGCCGUUCAAGCUAGCUAGAUGUGAAGUAGACACAUGUUUUGUGACGGGGAACCGAACUUUGGUUCCCUUCAUCGACAUCGACGCCAUCAUAUUCCACUUCCGCACCACAAAUCCCAGAGACAUGCCCAGGAGGAGAUACGACCGUCAGCGCUGGAUUUUCGAAGAAGUUGAAUCAUCAUCGUACAUCUACCAGGACAUCAGGAUCUAUAAUGGUGUCUUCAAUUGGACUAUGACUUACAGAAGAGAUUCUGAUAUCGUAUAUACGUACGGAAGAGUAUACGCGAAUGAAACGCAAAAUCUUUCGUCGCGGAAAGAAAAUUAUGCAGCUGGGAAAACAAAAAUGGCUGCCUGGUUCGUCUCGAAUUGCCGCUCUCACUCAAGAAGAGAAAAAUUUGUAAAAGCGCUUCAGACGCAUUUUCAUGUAGACAUUUUCGGCAAGUGUGGCCCCAAGAAGUGUCCCCACAAGUACGGUCAGAAGUGCUACAAACUUCUAGAAACCGACUACAAGUUCUACCUCUCGUUUGAGAACUCGGUCUGCAAAGACUACGUUACGGAGAAGCUUUUCAACAUUCUGAAAUACAACAUUGUCCCAGUAGUUUAUGGACUUGCCGAUUACGACAAAAUAGCUCCCCCUGGAUCGUACAUCAAUGCACUGAAAUUCCCGGACGUCAGAUCAUUGGCCGAGUACCUGAAAUACUUAGACGGCAAUGACACCGCGUACAACGAUUAUUUCCGAUGGAAAGGGCACUACACGGUAGACACUGGUUGGUCGAACACGGCACAACCCUUCUGCGAACUCUGCAAAAAGCUACACGAAGACCGGGCGCCUAAAGUCUACGAGGAUAUGAAAGCAUGGUUCGUGACCAAAGGAUCUUGCAAGACGCUGAAGAUUAAGGACUGGCUUAAGAACUUAAAAUGACUGCCUUGUCAUUGUCAUCAAGCAUAAAUUUGUCCUUACCACUCUGAACUUGUUCGUCAUUCGCCCGGAGCUUUGUUUACCACAUUCUAAUAAAAUGUCGAAGAUUA